AUGGCCAACGACCACAUCCUGACCCUGUCGUGUCCGGAUAAGCCGGGUAUAGUUCAUGCUGUGACGGGGAUCUUUGCGCGAAACAACCUCAACAUUCUUGACCUGCAACAAUUCAGCGACCGGACCUCGGAGAAAUUCUUCAUGAGAGUGCACUUUGGACCGGCUGAUGAUACAAAAUCCCUGAUUCCUUCGUUCGAGGAGCUGGCAAACGAUAUCAAGAUGGACUACGAGCUGAGGCCUGUGGCUGAGAAGCCAAAGGUUUUGAUCAUGGUUUCCAAGAUUGGCUACUGCUUGAACGACCUCCUUUUUCGCCAGAAGACUGGGCAAUUGGCUAUCGAGGUGCCGUUGAUUGUAUCGAACCACCAGGACUUCGAACCGCUGGCCAAAAGUUAUAACAUUGCUUUUCAUCAUCUGCCUGUCUCCAAGGACACCAAGGCCGAACAAGAAGACCGCAUCCUGGAGCUUAUCAAAGAACACAACAUCGACUUGGUAGUUCUAGCGAGGUACAUGCAAGUACUCUCUCCGAAGCUCUGUGAAGCUAUGUCCGGCAAAAUCAUCAAUAUUCAUCACAGCUUCUUACCUUCCUUCAAAGGUGCAAAGCCAUACCACCAAGCUUUCGACAGGGGCGUCAAGAUCAUUGGCGCUACAGCUCAUUUUGUGACCGCCGAUCUAGACGAAGGCCCGAUUAUCGAGCAGAGGGUCACGAGAGUGGACCAUAGCAUGACGCCCAAGGAACUCGUUGACGAAGGGAGCAAUGUGGAGAGUCAGGUUUUAGCUGCAGCGGUCAAGUGGUGGUCAGAAAAGCGAGUAUUUUUGAACGGGCACAAAACGGUGGUAUUCAACUGA